AUGUCUCUAGCGAAGAAAUACUCCGGCCUGCCGGACCUCGACGCGUCACAAGAGAUCUACGAGACUCCGGCUUUGACAGACGAUGCGUCCACUAUACAGACAGACACUCUCCGCACAGACUCGCCGACCCCGUCAGACGAAGAUCACAGCGACGAGCGGGUAGUCCGCGAGCGGAUAGACCAGAAUAGUGCAAGACGGCGCUUCGAGCCAACACUGGUUCACGCAAAAGACGUCAACUUCUCAGACACAAUCGCGGCAGGCGAGCGAAGAAGUUACCGGACAAGCGAUGACGAGACAUUGGCCGAGAAGAUCACACGGUUGAAGAGGGAGGCUGAGGAGGUUCGAAUUGCGCUACAGGACAAGCAGGCUGAGCCAGUUCCUGGGAUCAAGGUCUCAAAGCCAGAGGAAGCGGCGCACAGCGACGACACCGCUGUGGACGAGCUGCAGUCGCUGAUUAACGGCUUGGACACGUCAGCUCACAGUGCGACUAGAGGCUCGUCAAGAGAAGAGGCUCUUCUCAAAUCUCUCUCGAAUCCCACAUCAGCCACAACCAACGGCGACUCAUCUUCCACAAAACCGCAGUCACAACCACAACCAGAUCCGUCAGCGACCCAAGCAGCCAUAGCAGACCGCCUCACCGCCCUCGAAACAGCCCUCGGCCUCCCCUCAAUCUCCACCUCUCCACCCUCCAUCCUCCCUGCCCUCGACCACCUCACCACCCAACUCGACACCCUAACAUCCACUCUCCUCCCACCAUCCCGCACCGGCAUCAACCCACCCACCUUAACACCCACAACGCCCAACCUCGACGACCUCCACUCCCGCAUCCAGCACCUCACCUCUGAAGCAGACAAACUCACCGCCUCGCGCAAAGCCGCCCUCGCCUCCCUCUCAGACCUCCACGACGCCCGCCUCCGCUACAACGCCGCUGCACGCCACACACACUCCUCCUCUGCACGGCACACCUCUGACCAAGCAUCAAAAUCCGAUGCUGCGCCCGCGACACAACAGCUCGAUGCGAAAGAAGCACAAAUCCACGCACAACUCUUUCUCUCCGAGCAAUCCUCCAAAAUAACCGCCCUCUACCAACUCUUGCCCUCCAUAACCUCCCUCCAACCCCUGUUACCACUCGUCCUCGACCGCCUCCGCAGCCUAAGCGUCAUCCACGCCGGUGCGGCGGAAGCGAGGGGCGAGCUGGACGAUGUUGUUGCGCGACAGGCGGAGGCACGCCAGGAGAUAGCGAAGUGGCGAACGGCCGUGGAGGGGGUGGAGGCCAAGAUUGAGGAGUUGAAGGGGGAGAUGCGGGAGAAUGUGGGUGUGUUGGGGACCAUGGUGCAGGGAGUUGAGGGGCGGGUGAAGGCUUUGCAGACUAAGGAGGGAUAA